AUGAAAAAGCGCUGUUUAUCAUUGGCUGGAUAUCAUGGAAUCAUUUCAUAUAUUUUCAUAUCAUUCGUGCCUCAAAAAUUAUCUUUAAUCAUCUUCACAAACACAUUCACAACAUAUCUUGAUACUGCUGUCAUUGUUGUAUAUGGAGCUUUAAAAGCGAACCUUGUUACUUUGAAUCCGACAAAUAUUCCACAAAGUUUUCAUCAAAUGUGUGCUAUUUAUAAGAGUGCCUAUGAACUUUAA